CUGAUUGUUUGAUUGAGAACCCCUUGAACAUGACAUUGGUCGUACUCUCACUCUCUUCUUAAUCUUCCGUAUGUGAGAGCUGCGUGUUUAUCAAAUAAAAACAUGAUCAUGAUCAUUUAGGAGUCUAAGUGGAAGAAGUGUCAUUUUAAACAAAAUUUGUAACACAAAAAUAGAGGAAUAUAUUUAUUAAAAUUGCUAACUUUUAGUUGAACAAAUUAAACAAUGGCAACAAUAAAUUUAAAUCAAAUUAACGAUAAACAAAUACCCAAGAAUUGGUUGGAUUCCUACGAUACCAUAUUCACGGACUGCGAUUCUGUUAUCUGGCAGGAUGACAAGGUUAUUGAGGGAACCCCCGAAACCAUCAAUGAUUUGCAGGAUAUGGGUAAAAAGGUUUAUUUUGUUACGAAUAAUAGCACCAAAACCCGUGCCCAGUUGUGUGAAAAAGCUCGAGGCAUGAAUUUCAAGGUGGAGGAACAUCAAAUAAUUGCCCCCACCUAUUCCAUUGCGGAAUAUUUAAAAUUACACUUGAGUCCAGAAGAAAAAGUGUAUAUAGUUGGUAGCCCCGCCAUGGGUAGAGAAUUGGAUACAUUGCAUAUAAAACAUUUUGGUUUGGGUCCAGAUGAAGUGGAACCCAAUUGGGUUUCCAUCCUUCCCGAGGUUGAUCAGCAAACCAAAGAGGAGAAUAUUGCAGCGGUAUUAGUGGGUUUCGAUGAACAUUUUAGUUAUAAUAAAAUGAUAAAGGCCUGCAAUUAUUUGGGUCAAAAUGAGAAAUGUCUAUUUUUGGCAACAAAUGCAGAUGCAGUUUCGAAGUUCCCCCAGUACAGCAUUCCUGGUACGGGCGCUAUAUUGAGGGCCAUUGAGGCUUGCGUGGGACGUGAGGCCGAAGUGAUGGGAAAACCAAAUCCUUUGGUCUGUGAACAUUUGCUGAAAUCUGGGCAAGUUGAUGCCAAGAGGACACUUAUGAUUGGUGAUUGCUACAAAACGGAUAUCCUGUUUGGCAAGAAUUGUGGAUUUUCCACACUUCUGGUGGGGACGGGACGUUAUAAGUGGUUACACGUUGAAAAAAUGCUUAAAGAAGAUGGUUCUAAGGAUUACCUACCCGACUUUUUUGCAUCAUCUUUGGCUGAUUUAAGGGCUUACCUUUGAGUCGGAAUUCAAUUGAAAAACAAAAUAUUUCUAAAUAGUACAGUAGCGGUUUUUAUUGUUUUUUUUUUUAAAUUAAUAUUAACCUAAAUUAAUACUUAAAAGAAAGACCAAUAACCAAUACCACAUACCAACAACUACAAUUCCAGAAGAAACAUUCCAAAACGAUGUACUCCUCUUACAUACUUGGCCUUCAAUUAUUUAUAUUUAAAAUAUAUAUUUUUCAAUUUUUUAAAUUUA